UCUCUGGUCGAGGUGCAUUGUGGGGAGGAAAGUCGUUGCCAUUCGACCUCUGCGGGGCCUGCGCGGACGCAGCGAGAACCCUGAAAUUCAUUAUGCGUUUAAAACCUUUAUUUAUUUCCGCAUAACCUAGAUACUCUCACCGGGAGGGCCAAAGCGGAGAAAAGGAACGACGACGGUCCAUCUCUUUCGGAAAAUACAUCGUUCAAAUAUAUUAUUUUGUCGGAGAGUGAUACUGUUGAGAAAGUGAAGAUUCUAAUAUAUUAAGAAAAAUGUCCGGUGAGAGAAACCGCAGGUCGCUGGCUUUCCGAGGAGGUGGAUUAGCUGGGUUAACGGGUUCCAGCGGUAUCGGUGGGGGGAACUGUAACAGCUGGGAGGCCCCGGCCUGUCAAGACCGACAUUUUAACGGGAACAGGCCGGAUCAAGAGGAGGACGGGGAUCUGGGGGCUAAAGGAUCAUCGCAGAAGAGAGUGGAGAGCGCUGGGUCUGUCAGCGAUAGCACGGAACCCGAGGCGGAGGAAGAAGAGGACCCGGAAGAGGGCAGCUGGGCAGCUGGGGACGGCGACGAUGGUGUCGGCUCGGUGGAAGGGGAGGACGGGUCCAGGGAGGGGAAUAGCUUGACCGAGGGGAACUGUCCCAGCAACGCUGACGGCCAGGAGUCGGGAAGCGGUUCGACUGGGGGCGAGCCUGGAUCCAGGAAAUCUGGAGUAGAGAUGAGACCGCAGACGUUGCUUCAGAAACACUCGUUAUUCCAUGCUUCGUGGUUGCAAGAAUUUCCAUGGUUAAAAUUUUGCCAGGAGACGGGACUUAUGUCCUGUUCUUGGUGUCACAACAUUGCCACUAAAAACAGCGACGAGCUUGUCAAAGGCAGUCGCAGCUACAAACGGGCCUUGCUGCUGAGACAUCACCUGUCUUCUGAGCACGGGAGAAAUGACCCCACCAAACAGGAGACAAUGAGGCCCUCAGGAAACACCAGCCCCUCCACUAACUGCUCAGAGGAAGACUACCGCAACAAGCCCAAUGAGAACUCCUACUGUUACCAGCUUCUCCAGGAGCUGGACAAGCAACGCAAAAGUGGCAUCCUCUGUGACGUCAACAUAGUCGUCUCGGGCCAGGUGUUCCGGGCACACAAGAACAUCCUGGUGGCGGGCAGCCGCUAUUUCAAAACCCUCUACUGUCUGACCAAGAGCGAGGACCAGGACCAGGCCACGGUCACACACCUGGAUGUUGCUGCUGUGCAGGGCUUCUCUGUUCUCCUCGACUUUCUCUACUCUGGGAAUCUGCUGCUCACAAGCCAAAAUGCCAUUGAGGUGAUGUCUGUUGCUAGUUACCUCCAGAUGACAGAGGUUGUACAUUCAUGUAGGGCUUUUAUAAAGGAUGCCCUGAAUAUCAGCAUCAAGCAGGAGGCUCCAGAUUCAGUGGUGGUGGACUACAACAAGAGGCAGAUGGUGUCCAAAGAGGGGCCGAGGGGCCUGGACCGCAAGCCGAGCAACUUCUGGGCCACAAGCAUUCUGUCAAAGCUGUCGAUCAAGGCCAGCAACAAUCAAGGAAAGGAAGCAAUGGAGGAAGAAGACGAAGGUGGCAGGGUGAAGGAGGAGACCAGCGAUAUAGAGGUGACAGUGGUUGGGGGUGCGGGCUGUGCCCUGGUGACCCCAGGAGCCUCUGGUAACUGGACCCACCACAACGACAACUCGUCUGAUUCAGCAGAGACCAAUGAAACGCGGUCGGCGAGUGGCCAGGUGCAGGUAUUCGUCUGGAACGAGCCAGCCACAGGUGGCGCUGCAGCAGCACCUGCAGCAAUAAAGCGAGAAGCACGGGAUGCUGCAGCAGGAAGCGGCCGGAGGAAAAAACAGACCACCACGCGGCGUUUUGUGUACAACUUUCCACCAGAGCCUGAAGAGGGAUUUGACGAGGGGAUGUUCAUCCAGCCCUCGGCCUCCUACCCCAGAGAGGACUUCUCCUCCCUCUCCGAAAAUGCUGAGCUGGCCAAUCAGAUCCAGUAUAGCAUCAUCCAGGACUUACAACAAGGGGAGUCCUGGGAGAAUGGUAAGCCACCGCGACUACCACAAAAAAGAACAGGCUCCUUCAAUGACACUUGAAAUCUUUAUCUAAAAUGCAUAUUCUGUAAUGAGUGUGGGCGGUCCAGUCAGUAUGUCUCAUUGAAAAGGAGAGCAGACAACCUAUUUCUAUUUUAAGGGUUUCUUUUCAACCAGCCUUCAAAUGCGUAGCUAACCAGCAUGACCCUGUUACACAAUCUAUGGUGUUUCCCCAUGUCAGUCUAUUAACAAAAUAUACGAGAAUAAAAGGUUAAAGUCAAUUUGAUUCAUAUAGGCAAAAAAAAAAAAUUACAAAUUUGCUUCAAAAUGGGUGGCGGGGAAGCCAGUGUGUCGGCCAUUGUCUACCGUACACAAGGCUGUGUUCUAAAUCCAUACUACACAGUAAUUCUAUGUAUGUAAGUAUGCAGUGUGUUCAGAAGUGUCAAAAUGAACUAUACUCAAAUGACAGAAAACGGAUAGCAUGCGUAAGAAAAAAACAACCGUUUUUUUGAGUGUGCUGUUGACACUACUUUAACAGAAAAAAACCUUUGCUGUCAAUUUGUGAAAUUGAAUUGCCAUUGAGUCACAGUUUGAUUGACCGGCAUCGGUGCAACGGUUGAAGUUGUGGGUUGAGACAUAAACUGAAAAGGCAUGAGGGGGACACAGCUCUAGUCAGAUUGGCCAGCAAGGUUGUAGCUAAAACUAUAAACUGUUGUUGAAUUAAACAACAAAAUAGGCACGUUUCGUGUUUCAUAAAUAAAGAUUUCGUUUGAUUUCAGACCCCCUAUUUUGUCUGCUCGGUUUGUGUAAUGACAGAUAGGGAAAUUAAAUUUUCCGCCUAAACCGCUUGUUGCAGAUCCAUAAGGUGUAUAACACACAUUCAUUCAUGGCAAAUACACAGGUGACCUGCUUCUCAUCAAACCUCCUCCCUCCUCCCCCUAGCAACCUGCCCUAACAACGCCUCUGUUGUGUGCACCCUGGCUCAAACAAAAGGCCACUGAAGACACUGUUGGAGUCUUUUUAAAAUCAAUAGAUUACUUAUUUAUUAGUAAGCAAAGCUGUCCUCAGUAGCUUGGUUGCUUAAACAGACAGUGCUGGUGUGAGGAUAUCUUGAUUUCUGUCUUUAAGACACUGAAAUAAAAAACACGUAUAUACCAUAUGCUCUAUGCCCUAAGUAUUAUAGCCGAGCUUGAUGGAUGAUGCAUAAAGGUGUUGUGUUUGAUGUUAGGAGUUGCUCCUCAUAUGAUGGAACAUAUCCAGAAUCCUGUGCAUUGUGAUUUAUGUAAAGUAGCUCCAAAUUGACAGUUUCUUAAUAUAUCAUAUUAACAAACAACUGUCAAAUGUUGUACCUCUUUAUAAAAAGCAUGUUUUCUUUAGUACCUUACGCCAAACUACAUUAUGUCCAUGUAGUACUGCUGCUUUACAUUCACUGCUAAUAUGAAUAUGAUCCUUUCCACCAUUGCCAUGGUGAGACCUUCAACAUCAUUGCAGACUGGCGCAGACCAACACCAGUUACUUAGCAACUGUGACAGAGCUGGAUUGUGAAGUUUACAUGGCUGCCACAGUCAUUUUUAUCUGUGCAGUUUAACAAACUUUGACUAAAGGGCCUUUUUGUUUCAUCAGUUUGUGGUGUCUUGUUCUCUCUAAUGGCGACCGCAUCCUAACUCUGUGAUUUGAUAAACAGGAUAUUGGUUCCUGACACACUCUCAUUAGAGGAUCUACAGAUGCAAAUGUAGCUUUUAUGGUCAUUGUCUUCCUCCAUCUCCAGUUUGUUCUUCCGGUCCAGUCAAAUGUUAAUUCAUGAAUUGUGUUUUUUUUAAAGAUGUAACUGUACACCAAAACAUGUUACUAAAUCUUGUUUCUUGCUUGCUUUUCACUGCAUCUGC